ACCACCUACUCGUUUUUAGUUUUUUGUUAACAACUUUUAUUUAUUUUAUUUAGCACGGGCUUCGGGCUUCUUUUAGCCAAUAAUUUAACGAACGUGACGCGUGUGCCAUUGUGCCCCAGCCGCAGUGCCUUAGCAGCUGUUCGCGGACAGCCUGCAAAAAGAACGGAAACGUUCCAAUUGUGUAAUUUACAUGCAAAUUCCUGUGGAGCUGAAAGAAAGACACCAGCGACAGUGUCCCGUACCCGUAGACCAGGUCUUCGUUCCCCCCUGCCCCUGAGCGAGCCCUGAGCCACGCGCGAAGCUCCGAGCACGGCACGGAAAUGCCAUUUAAAUUCUUGAAAAAGUGUCGCCAAUAUAAUGUGACGUCUAAAAGUUUAUUUGUUAUAUCAGUGCAUCAUUUGUUGGACACCUCCAGCACCGUCGAUUGCACCAUCAGUUCGGAGAGCAAGGGCCAGGAGUGCUUGGACAAUGUCUGCCAGCGUCUGCUCAUCCAGCAACCAGAGUUCUUUGGACUGCGCUACCUCGUCCGCGGCAAAGAGGAUGAGUACAAAUGGAUCGAUCUGGAGCGAUCGCUGAGCCGGCAGCUGGAGAAGUAUGCGGCGGGGCCAAAGAUCUAUCUACGUGUGCGUCACUAUGUGACGACGGGUGUGCGGCAUCUGAGCGACGAGGCCACCAGAUUCUACUACUUUCUGCAGCUAAAAAGCGAUAUUUAUGAGGGCAAGAUCGCCUGUGACAUCCGCACAGCCAUACUGUUGGCUCUGUACUGUCGGCAGGCCGAGUACGACAGCUACCAGGGGGAUAAGCAGAGCAAGGAUUACCUGAAAAAGUCGCUGGUGCUGCCGCGCAAUAUGCAGGGCCUGGCGAACGAUGACAGUAUGCUGGAGGGCCUCAUUAUGGAGGUCCUGCAGCAGCAGCCUACUCUAGCACAUCUCACUCAGAGCCAGGCGGAGGAGAUGUACAUUCAGUGCUGCCAGCAGCUGGAUGGCUAUGGGGAGGAACGCUUCUCUGCGAAGGAUACGCUGGGGAACGAUCUGCUGCUUGGUCUGGCCAUCAACGGAAUGGUGGUGAAUGCCGACAAUGGGCGGCAGUACUUUCCCUGGAAGGACUUUCACACGGUAACCAUCGACAAGCGCACCAUCAAGAUCGAGCAGAACAAACUGGAUGGCGAUGGCAGCAUUGUGGGCAGCUUCAUCUUCGGGGAGGCCGACACGGCACGCUACUUCUGGAAGCUGUGCAUCAGCCAGCACAAGUUCUUCAAGCGGUACAUCGACACGGCCACGCCCUCGAGCGUGGGCAGUGCCGCGGACGUGGAGAGCAGCGGACACAUUGGCGGCGACAGCGUGGGCUAUGUGGACUAUGAUUAUGGAGAGGCGGCAGCCGUCGAGCAACUCCAGCAGCAGCAACACCAUCAAAUGCAACAGCAACAACAGCAGCAGCAGCAACAACAGCAGCAGCAGCUACAGCAGCAGCAGCAGCAGCUACAUCAGCAGCAGCAACAGCUGCAACAGCAACACCAACAGAUGCAACAGCAGCAGCAGCAACAUCAAAUGUUAUCCUCCAAUAUGUCCCUCACAACCAGCGCCAAUCACAGCCACAGUCAGCUGCUGGGGCAAAGCAGCUCCUGCCUCGAUUUGAGCAACAAUAAUCUGCACAGCAGCAAUGGCAUGCUGCACCACAACAACAACAAUGAGGAAAGGGAGCGCCUCAAGGCCAUGCUGCCCACAUAUAGACCCGCUCCGGACUAUGAGACGGCCGUCCAGCUGAAAUAUCGCACUCCCUCCACGGAGCUGCACAAUGUGACGCUUGCAUUGGCCGCCCCGGGGAAUGCCUACUAUGCGGGCUCCCAGCCGGAUGUCCACAAUCCUGGCGGAUACAAUGAGAACGUAGUCUUUGGCCAUCUGACGGCGCACCGGUAUCCGGAUGUGGCACAGCCAGCCGCAGCCCUGCAUCACCACAUCAAUCUUUACCAGACGCAGCAGCAGCAACAACAACAACAACAACAGCAGCAACAGCCAGCGGUGGGCACAGCUCAGGCGUACCUGGAGCUAUCGCAGCGGAUGCACAUGAUGCGGCACAAGGCACCGCCGCCUUAUCCCGUCAAUCGUCUGAGCUCCUCUUCGACGCCCGAUCUGGCUGUGGCCACGCCCCGACCGCUGCAGGGAUACCGCAACUAUGUGAGCGGCUCGUCGCCAGAUCUAGUCUCCAAUCGCACGCUCCUCAAUGGCGGACAGUUUGUGGCAUUGGCGGCUGGUGGACAUGGCGGGAAUAUGCCCACAUCCUCUGGCGCUACCAUGCUGCAUCACUACAUCGGACACAUGGGGCACUCGCAGCCGUAUUUGCCGCCGCAUGGCACCUUCGAGAACCUCAAUAUGAUCGAGGAGCAGCCGUCCAUUAUGUCGCAGCUGCGUCAAUCAGCCAUGAGUCAGGCCGCGGCCCAAGCAGCCACACAGAGCUCACCCACCCUACCACCGAGUGGCUAUCGCAGCUCUGCACCACCGCCAGCCAGCAGUCCGCAGCCACCGCCAGUGGUGGUGCCACCACAGAAAUCCACCACACCGACGCCCUUACAGCGCAGCGUAAUCAACGGUUCCAUUGAGCCGAUCUACGAGAAUGUGCCACUGCCGCAGUCGGCGUCGCCAGGUGUGGUGCCCGUGCCGGCAGUGCGUCAUUCCAGCACCAAUAAUGUGGUCACUGUGACGGUGAAUGCCCAGCCGAGCGAUGAGAUUACGCGGAAUAUACAAAAGUUUUCUGCGGAUCGGACGGUCAGCAGCGAGAUGCAGUUCCUGGAGCCACAGGCGCCACCUCGUCAGCAUAGGUCCACGGCGAGCCUCAACAAAUCCACGACAGUGGAUGUCAUUUCACCCGCAGGCGAUUCGCUUCAUCAACAUUUUAGUGCCAUGAAUCUGUCAGCCAAUACGUCAGCAUCCACCUCAUCCAUGUUCAAUUCGACGCUGGACACCACCUCCUCGUCGGCGGCCAGCAAAGAUGGCAAGCGGAAGAAGCGCUGGAACUUUCUGGCGCGCAGCAAAACACCCGACAAGCAGAAGGCAGCCACGCUGGGCAGGGAGAAGGCCACCUCAUCCAACCAGCAGGCAAAGCUGGCGGCAAAAAUGAAGCUGGCCCAAGACGAUCUCAAUCUGCCCAAUCGUUGGUCGACGGGGGUGAGCAAACCGCAGCCCAUUUCAGGCCAAUAUUCCAAGGAUAAACUGUGCCAGAUUCUCAAUGAGAAACUACAGGAUACGCAGCUAUUUAUGGAGUUUGAACGCAUACCGAAGCGACGGGAACAUGCGCUGUACGAAUGCGCUCUGCUGGAGGAGAACGAGCCGAAGAAUCAUGAUCCCAAUUUUCUGCCCUACGACGAUAAUCGUGUGAGACUCACGCCCUCGAUGGACAAUCGUCAUGGCUAUGUGAAUGCCUCGUAUAUAUCGGCCACUGUGGGCACCAAGCAGCGCUUUUAUAUUGUGGCGCAAUCCCCGCAAGAAUCACAGACAAUGCGCAUCUUCUGGCAGUGUGUGUGGGAGGCCGAUGUCUACUUGGUGGUGCAGCUAACCGAAGAUAAGAGCUACAUUCCACUGAGCAGUCAGCAGCGUUUGGAGUUUGGACAGUUUCAAGUGUAUCAGGAAUUCUCACAGACCACCGAUCGUUGCACCACCAGCAAACUGCGUCUGUAUCAUGCACCCUCGCGUCGCUAUCGUUCUGUGUGGCAUUUGCAGUACGCCGAUUGGGCGGAACAGAAUUGCCCGCGCGAUGUCAAUCAUUUUCUUGACUUUCUCGAGGAGCUCAACUCUGUGAGAUUGGCCUCGACACAUGAGGUGCCGCCAGGACACAAUACGAAUCCGCCGGUGCUCAUACACUGCCUGGAAGGUGGCGGGAGGUCUGGUGUGACCCUAACAGCGGAUCUACUGCUAUAUACCUUAGAUCACAAUGAGGAUUUGGAUAUACCCCGUGUUAUUGGACAGCUGCGUCACCAGCGUGACAGCAUUAUACCAUCCCUGGCGCAAUAUAAGUUCAUCUACAAUCUGCUCAUCACGUAUCUGAAGCGAACGAGAUUGAUUUAGUAGAGAAAACAGGUCAGAGGGAUUUCCCUAAAAAGUAUUUUUCGUCCUUUAAGAUUUACACAAUACGAAAAAGCGAUCAAUUUUAAUUAAGACUUUGUCCAUACAUACAUAUAUUCAGCAUAUACAGUGCGUGCCAUGGCUAUAUAUGUAUAUAGUACUGUAACGCACUGUUCAAAGACCACAAACUGUUCUUCCUUUACGGGCAGCUAAUUUUAAACACAAACCCCCAACAUUGUUUUACCAUAAGUUGUGCAGAAUUUGUUACCAAAACUAGAACCACAAUCAAAUUUUGUUAAUUAUACGACUAACGCGUAGUAGUGCCUAGGUUUAAAGCCAAAUUAUUUAUACAUAUAGUAAAUAUAUAUUUUUUAAAACAAAAGAGCAAAAGCAAAAACCAAUUAACGAAU